UCCCUUUGGGAUCUCUCCGCCGGGAUCCCGCCAUGGAGGAGGCGGAUUCCCGCUUCCUGCACCUGCUCCAGCCCAUCCGGGACCUCACCAAGAACUGGGAGGUGGACGUGGCCGCCCAGCUCGAGGAGUACCUGGAGGAGCUGGAUCAUAUCGGCAUCUCCUUUGACAACGGGAAAACCACCAUGAACUUCACGGAGGCGGCGCUGGUGAUCCAGGGCUCUGCCUCCAUCUACAGCAAGAAGGUGGAAUACCUGUACAUGCUUGUUUGCCAGGCACUCGACUACAUCUCCAAUAAAAAGAGGGAGAAGCUGCCCACCUCCCUGAGAUCCAACAUCCAGGACACCAAUGCCACCUUCACAGACGUGGAGCAGCAGUUGCUGUCCCUGGAUGACAUCAAGGACACGAGCCAGGCCAGCAUGCACAGGAGCAGGAAUCGGCAGCGAGAAAAGCCCAGUGCUGUGAACAUCGUUCGCUUGACCCCGAUGGCUCUGGUCACCCUGGACGAGAUGAAGAAGAAGGAAAACCCCCUGUUGAGCCGGAAAGGGGAGGUCCUGGCGAGCCAGAAGGAUUUCCGGAUGAACACCUACACCCCCCACCCCACGGGGACAUUCCUGCUGGAGCAGGCCGGGCUCUCCCCCACACACCCACAGGAGCAGCACCUGGGGAGCCCCAGGAGAGCCACAGGAGCUGCGGGAUCUGGUCCUGAUGUGGAGCAUCCAAGGGCCAGCAUGACUCCAAUCCAGGCGCUGAGCUUCUCUGAGGAGGCAGGCGCUGCGGGAGCAGAUGAUGACGAUGACAUUCCCGGGGCCCUGGGGGAUGACGUGGAAAUGACCCCGGCCCCGGAUGAACACAUCGAGGCACAGAGGAGUUCACCCCAGCCACGGGGGUACAUCCUGCGGGAGAAAGCCCCCAGCCAGGACCCCAAAGUCCCCAGCAAGGAGGUGCCGGAUCCGUGGCAGAGCCUCGACCCCUUUGUAAAUUCUGAGGAGAAGCCAUUUAGGAAAGGGAGGCCCUUCCUGAUGUCACACAGCCUGGAUGACAUGGUGGGAGGCAAGAGGAAGAGGAGGGGCCCGAGGAAGCUUCAGGACUUCACGAGAUGGUUCUCUGCAGCCUAUAACGAUGUCACAGACAGCCGGAAAACCAGGAGGAAAGGCCCCACCUUCGCAGACCUGGAAGUGCUGUACUGGCGGCAGCUGAAGGAGCGGCUGGCGGCACAGAGGAAGCUCAAGAGCCAGGGGGAACCGGAGCUGGAGCAGCUGGAGCAGGAGUAUGAGGCUGACGGUGACCAAGGGGCAGCAGAUGAUGAUUUUGUGGAGCACGAGGAUGUGGAGCAGGAGGACAUGGAGCCCGAGGUGCUGGAGGAGCUGGAAGAAAGAUCCCCAGAACCCCCAGAGCCGGAAUACGAGGAGCUGGUGCGCAGGAACGUGGAGCUGUUCAUGGCCAGCUCCCAGAAGUUCGUGCAGGAGACGGAGCUGUCCCAGCGCAUCCGGCGCUGGGAGGAGCGGAUAGAGCCACUGCUGCAGGAGCAGGAGGCCCGGGCGCCCUUCGACGUGCGUGCCUACGGGCUGACACUGAUGGAGCGCUGCGGGGAGCUGGGCCAGUGGCACUCCUUCGCCAGCCUGGUGGCCAGGCAGCCCCCCUUCGAGGUGUGCCGCUACCUGCUGGCCUCGCUGCAGCUGGCCAACGACGGGGUGGUGGAGCUGGCACAGGACGAGGGGCUGGAGGAGGCGCUGGACACGGCGCGGCUGCGGCUGCUCACCCUGCGCCCCGCCCACGAGAGGUUCCAGGGCUUGCAGCUGUCCUCCCUCACGGACCCCCACCCCGAAUAAACCACCCCCG